AUGGUGAAUGUAACCAAUCUUAGAAUGAAGGACUUACAUGGAUUUGUCAACUCCAACCCAAGCAAUCUCUCUUCAAUGUGGAUCACACUCAUUGACAACAUGAUGAUGUUUGAGCCAAACAUCAACCAAGAUAUGGAUUACGACUGUGGUGCCGAGCCACCGGCAGUUUUGGAGAGAUUUUUGAUGGACACGACACUGGAACCAAAGUUACAUCCUGCCGCAGCAUAUCAAUAUCUCAAGCAUAAGUUCAAGAUUAGCGAUCGAAAUAUUAAUGAAUAUCAAGGUCAUAAGCAACGUUUGAUGGAGAGAGUGGACACUCAGCAUCCAGAGUUUAUCACUCACAAACAAUCAUUCAAACAAUUCAAGCAUCAUUCAAUCAUUUGGGAGAACAGCGCCCGUGGUCUGGCACAAUGGAGGUUUAGACCCGACCAAGAGGUGCUGGAUUAUUCGCCAUGUACCAACACCAUCCCAUCACUUCCACCACUGCUCAUCACACACAUUAUCAAGUUGAUCAUACUCGAUGAUCAAGUUGACUUGGAUACCGAUUGGUUGUUGAUGUUAUCGAUUGUUUCCAAACAAUUCCAUGGAUCAGUGAGCACGGUGCUCUCAAACAAUGUGAUCAAAACAUUGUCCAUCAACAAUUACAUCGAACACAUUGGAUCAGAGUUCUGUCUCUUGCGCAAUCCACCACUUCACAUUCAUUUGGAUCAACUGUGGUUCCUCCCUGAGGCACUGGAACCAGAAUGUUUGGAGCGUCUCGAGUCAUUGAUUGUCCCAUUCAGUUGGAGUGACGAUGAGAGAAUCGUCAACUUUCACCAUGUCAAUGCUCCAAACAUCACUCAUAUCAAGUUUGUUGACUCCAAACUACGUGAUCCGAGUAGUAAUUCAAGUUAUAUGGAUGAUCACACAAUUAACAUACUGCACGACCACAAUGUCAAGGACCGUCCAUCGAUUCAAAAGAUUGAGUACUCAUUUAAAUUGGAUUCUGGAUCAAUACCCAAGCCCAUCACACCCAACACGACCUUUGAGAUCAAUGUGAAUCUGGAAAAUUUGGGCGGCAAUAUGAUUGAGACUCAUAAUGAUGGUGGACUGGAUAACAUCACAACAUUGAGUGUGAUGAUGUUUUGCAGUUAUUACCAAUUCGGGACCCUUUCCAACAACAUGGUCUGUAUUCCCAUGUUUAUCAAUUUAGUUGAGCUCAGAUUGGACAUUCAACCUGAACCUCGCCAUCAUUUUCCAGAGGAUGUUGCCAAGAGACUAUGUGAGGCAUUAACACAACUCAAAAGAUUGGAGACCCUUACUCUUUCCCUUCCAGACAUCAAAUGUGUCGCUCCAGUUCUCAAUCCAACAUCAUCAUCAUCAUCAUCAUUAUGGUCAUUCAAAACACUCAACUUAUUAUUCAAUAUUGAUAAGAUUGAGUUGUUACAUGCAUGCAAUGGAAUCAAUUCACUCAAGCAUCACUUGGACAGGAUGGCCAAGCAUCUUGGAUGCCAAUCGUUCAACAACAUUUGUAAUAUAUCAAUGUAUAUCACUGAUUAUUCACCUUAUAAUCAAACAAAGGAUUUCCCAAGAGCGACAAUCUAUCGAUUUAAUCAAAGUUUAUUAGUGGAUGCAUUCCAAACAAUCGGUUUCCAACCUUCCAAAAGAUGUGGAUUCUUCCAGCGGAUA